AUGGAGGACGAGAAGACAGUGCUGCAGGAGACGAGGAGGUUCAGUGGUAUCGGCUUUAGUCUGACGGCCAUCCGGAUCUGGCAGUGGAUCUCGUCACUCUUCGUCUAUGCCUCCUUCAGCGUCCUCUACCACCACAUCCAGAGAAACCGGCUCGGAGAGAAUGGCCGAAUGAAGGGUGUUGCAUUUUUGGGUCUUGGGUCCUUCGUUUACAGCACCGUCGUGAUUUGCAGCGUUCACAUUUCCAAGGCAUGGGGUCUGCGAAAAUGGCAUGUUUUUGCCAUCGCCUCCCUGCCAGGUGACCUUACUAUGAUGGGUCUCGGCCUCAUUCAAAUCACCAUUCUCUCCUAUAGUGGUCUCCCAGCCGACUGUCAUGGUCUCACAAGGCACAAUUACGGUGCUGGUGACCUGGUCCGUCAACCAGCAGGAGGCUACAGCACCAUCCGCUUCGGGUCGUGGUCCACCGCCACAACUGGCGAACUCGAUCGGCUCUGCACCCUUCCCAGAACCGUCUACGGCCUGUCCGUAGUUGCCAUGUGA